AUGAAUAAAGAAAAUAACAAUAGUAUUCUUACUCAAAAUUAAAAUGGCAGAAAAACAAUGAAGAUAAAUUAAAAUGAGAUGGAUUAAUUCGUGAAUUCAAGAAUUGUUCAAUUAUAAAAAUAAUUAUUAGAAAAAGACUUAGAAAUUGAAAAUUUAUCCAAACUUAACUAAGAUCCAAAAAAUUAGAAUUCAAAUAAGUAUAGAUUAAUGGAAAUCAAGUAAUAAACACUCACAACUGAGAAUUAAUAAUUGAAAACUCAAUUAUAAUAAUAUGAAUCCUUAAAUAAAACUUUACAAAAGAAGUGUGAUUAAUAUUAAUUAUAGAUUGAUUAAUUAACUGCUGUUUUUGAAGAGACUUAAAAAUAAUUAGAAUAAGAAAGAUAAGAUAAAUAUAAUAUUUAAUUCUAAUAAUCAUCCAAUCAUAUGGAUGUUUAAUAAGAGAAGAUAUUAAUUAAAACUUAAUUAGACAAUUUAAGAAAAGAGAAAAGUUAAUUGAUUCUCAAAGUUAAAGAAUUAGAAAAUUCAUUACAAUUACAUGAAUAGAAUACUAAUUCAAAUUGUUCAGAACUUUCUUUAUUGAAGUAAUAAUUAUAACAGUAAAUUCAAAAAUCAUCAGAGUAUUUAGAAAAAACAAAAUCAUUAGAGGUUAAAAAUACUUUAUUAGAAGCUUAAAGUAAAUCCAAUCAUUCUCAAAAUGAUGAAUUAAGAAAUUUAAGAUCAUAGGUGAUAUAAUUAUAAAAAGACAAGAAUUCACAUCUUGAAAUAUAAUAAGAUUUAGAAACAAAAUUAAGAUUGCAAACAGAACAUGUUUUAAAAUUAUAAAAUUUAUUGAAUGAUAAAACUAAAUAAUUGGUUAAAUGUUAAGAUAAAUUAAAUUAAAUUGAAUCAAUUGAAGAAGAUAAUUCAAUUUUGUAAUAAGAUUUAGAAAAGAUGACUAAUUCAUUGGAAGAAAUAUAAUUAGAAAAUUAAAGAAUAGUAAAAUUUUAAUAACAAAAAAUUGAUCAAUUAAAAAAGGAACUUUUAUAAACAGAUUACAUUAGAGAAGACAAUAAUAGAAAAUAAGAGGAAAUAGCUUAAUUAAAAUAUUAAUUAGAAAAAAAGAAAGAAGAAUUAGAAAAAGAUAAGGAAUAAUUACAAGAAGUAAAAAUGUUAUUUAUUAAUUGUAGUUUUAAUAAUAAAAAGAAGCAGCAAAAUAAUGGGCAAUAGAGAAAGAUAAUUAUUAAAAGAAAAUAAGUUUAUUAACUGAUGAGGUUGAUAAGAUUGCUAAGCAGUAAUAUGAUUAGUUGAGAAUUCAAGUGGAAACUUAGAUUUAGAUGAAAUUUACAACUGAAAAAGUAUAAUUAGAAAAUCAUAUUUGGUAAUUAAGUUCAUAAAUUAAUGACUUAUAAUCUUCAUUAGAAUAAUACUCUACAAAAUUUAGUUAAUUAAAUAUAGAAAAUGAUCAAUUAAGAGAAUAACUAAAUGAAAAAUAAGUUACUUAAAAAACAGUUAUAGUUUUGGAAGGAUAGUUAAGAAAUACUUGUAGUGAACUUGAGAAAUUAAAAAAUAUGUUUACAUAAAGAAACCAAGAAUUAGAAUUAGCUAAAAAUAAGAUUUUAGCUUUAGAGAGUUGUGCAAAUUAUGUAUAAGAAUUAGAAAAGAAGGUUCAAACUUUAAUGUAAGACAAUUAGAGAUUAAAUUCAAUUAUUAUGGAUAGAUGUAAAAAUAAUUGGUGA